AUGUCGACGUGGGUCUCACCGUCCAUGUCACGGUUCAACCGGCACCCGUCUUCUCCGGACACCGCAAGGGAGUCGGCCACCUCGACGCAAUACGAGCCCGUGCAGCUCGGCUCCUCCUCCGUGCUCAAACCUCUCACACCACCGAACGUCUCCAAUCUCACUCCCUCAACGUGUCUCGCGAUCGGUGAAUUCAAAGACCUCCUUCGCCAGUAUCGUCAGCUGGAUGACGGGAUCACCACGCGCCUCAAUCGCUCCUUCGCCCGUUCUCGCGCGCUGGGCCAGUCCUCCUCGCCCACCCUCCUCUCCAGCGCCUCCAGCACAUCGGCGAGCUCCUCGGACCUAGGCACGUCCACCUAUGCGACGCCGGCACCUGGAGCAUGUGCCGCUUUCUGGCGCGAACUCGUCGACGUAUGGAUCGGUCGUGAGGAGGCGGUUCGCUUCUGCAUCGCCGUUGCUGACGCCACCUCCCGACCCAACCUCCCACCAGCAUCAGCGAGCAACUCAGAUAGAGUCCUGGACGCCGACUAUCGACCAGCAACGAGGAGUGAAGGAGGAGAGAGGUGGAGCAGAGCAGAGAACAGCGCAGAGACCCUAGCCAGGCAGCUGCAUAACGAGCUGAAGAUUGAAAGUAUUAUCAGGGCCAGGAGUUUGGAUGCGUUCAAGUCGAGGUGUCGGUUUUUCACACCGAGUCCACCAGCGGGUCCAGAUGGGGACAGGGAGAGAGCAAUGUGGGCGGGGAGACCGACGCCAGCUGCCGAGGCGAGUGCUCAGGGCGCCGUGAGGCCAUGA